AUGUUAUCUGUGGUGAUUUAUGGGCUCGUGCUGGCCUUGCCCCUUCUAUUUCUCGUACAUCGACACUCCUUAUCGGCAUCGCCUCAGUCUCGUACAGUAACCUCACAACCAGAGGAGAAGAAGUCCCUGAAAACAAUCAUGCAACCACCCAGAGACGAUCUCGACCCCCCGAAGGAUGAUCCCUUCACUCUCGAACAACUCAAACAGUUCGACGGCUCCGACAAUUCGAAGCCCAUUUAUGUGUCCAUUAAGGGCACUGUCUUUGACGUCACACGUAAAAGCGACGUGUACGGUCCCGGAAAAUCAUACAAUAUCUUUGCCGGGAAGGAUGGUUCAAAGGGACUCGGAAAGUCCAGUUUGAACCUAGAGGACGCUGUACCAGACUACAGCGACCUGCCAGAGAACGAGAGGAAGGUCCUCGAUGACUGGUUUUCAUUUUUCCAGAAACGCUACAACAUUGUUGGACGCGUUGCGGAUAUGCCCGCUUCAGUUUCUAAUCUCGCUAAUCUAUAG